GAUUACUUCCACCUUGGCUUGGGGAGUCUAGUCCGCGGCGAUGCCUUGGGUCUUCCUGACGGGUCUUUACUCCCGUGGGUCGACGUUAUAGCCGUCGCUAGCCAGGUUCCGAAGUGGGCCCCAGGAUCCUGGAGUCAGGUGCUGUUCUUCAGCCUCCUGUCUCCGUUCCCGAGGUGCCACCCAUUCUCCGGCCUUCCCCCUAUCCGCCACCUGGGGACGCGCUCAGUCGGUGACUCAAACCGUCCCCUUCGUCUCGUUUAUAGAGUACGUCAGGGGUGAGAAUCAAUUGUUAAUUGAUUAUUAAUCAUUAAUGUUUUAAUUAUUAAUUAAUGGGGAAUAAUUUUGACUGCAGGAAACAGUAAAACGAAAAUCAGGACGAGGAGUGAGCGGGCUCGGCUGUACUUCCCAGUGGGACGGAUCCACCGUCAUCUACGGGAUGGAAAUUAUGCUCAGCGGAUUAGCUCUGAGGCACCAGUUUACAUGGCAGCGGUGUUGGAGUACCUAGUUACCGAAGUCCUGGAGUUGGCCGGAUUCGCUGCCAAGGACAACAGGAAGAAGAGAAUCAUCCCCCGGCACAUCCAACUGUCGAUCCGAGAGGAUGAAGAGUUGAAUGAACUCUUGCGGGAUCUAAUUAUUCCCCAAGGUGGGGUGGUCCCCACUAUUCCGGCUUCCCUCCCUUCGAAGAAGACUCGGGCUGGUGGCGCGCAAACUAGUAGACGCGAGCCCUCUCAAGAAUUUUAAUAAUACAAUGUUGUAUAGUAAUAACUAUGGUAAAGUAUUUUUUUUAUUGAACUAACGAUUGAUGAAUCUAUGUGACGCAACUUAUAAUUUAUUUUAUUAAUUUUCGAUUUAUUCACAAUUGUAAUUUAACUCUAAUAUUUGAGAUUAUCCGGUUGUCGCACCUCCUUAGUUCUGUUAUUGUAUGAUAUACUUGUUGAUAAAUAUGAUAAAUAAAUAUAUUUUAUGAUAA